CGCUGGAAUACACCCCGCAGCACAGCCGAGACUUCAAGAGUAUCGUGUCAAAGAAUGCUCUGCAGUAUCGAGGAAAUUCCCAACAUGAUGCUCAGGAGUUUCUGCUAUGGCUUUUGGACCGAGUUCAUGAAGACCUCAAUCAUGCUGUGAAGCAGAGUGGCCAGCCCCCUCUGAAGCCACCAUCAGAGACUGAUAUGAUGCCUGAGGGACCAUCUUUUCCUGUCUGUAGCACUUUUGUACAAGAACUUUUUCAAGCCCAGUAUAGAUCUUCUUUGACAUGUCCUCAUUGUCAGAAACAGAGCAACACUUUUGACCCUUUCCUGUGCAUUUCUUUGCCAAUUCCACUACCCCACACAAGGCCUCUCUAUGUCACUGUAGUGUAUCAAGGGAAAUGUUCCCACUGCAUGAGGAUUGGUGUGGCUGUGCCUCUGUCUGGGACUGUUGCCAGACUUCGGGAAGCUGUGUCUAUGGAGACAAAGAUCCCCACUGAUCAGAUUGUGUUAACGGAAAUGUACUAUGAUGGGUUCCAUCGUUCCUUUAGUGACACAGAUGACCUGGAGACGGUUCAUGAAAGUGAUUGCAUUUUUGCCUUUGAGACUCCAGAAAUAUUUAGGCCUGAAGGAAUUCUCAGUCAAAGAGGCAUUCACUUAAACAACAAUUUAAACCACUUGAAAUUUGGCUUGGAUCAUCACAGACUGUCUUCUCCACCAUCAACAGCAGCAAAACCAGGGAAAGUGGACUUGCCCACCAGAGUGGCAAGCGACAAGAUUGUUCUGCUUGUGUGUAACCGGGCCUGUACUGGGCAGCAAGGGAAAAGAUUUGGACUGCCUUUUGUCCUGCACCUAGAGAAGACAGUUGCAUGGGACCUUCUGCAGAAGGAGAUCUUGGAGAAGAUGAAGUAUUUCUUGAGGCCUACUGUCAGCAUCCAGGUGUGUCCAUUCAGUUUGCGUGUGGUCAGUGUUGUGGGAAUAACUUACUUGCUGCCUCAGGAAGAACAGCCCUUGUGCCACCCAACAGUAGAAAGGGCAUUAAAAUCCUGUGGACCAGGUGGCACAGCUCAUGUGAAACUGGUAGUAGAAUGGGACAAGGAGACAAAAGAUUUCUUGUUUGUAAACACUGAAGAUGAGUAUAUCCCUGAUGCAGAGAGUGUCCGUCUGCAGAAGGAGCAUCAUCAUCAGCCACAAACCUGCACUUUAUCCCAGUGUUUCCAACUCUACACCAAAGAAGAACGGCUUGCUCCAGAUGAUGCAUGGCGGUGCCCACACUGCAAGCAGCUGCAACAGGGGAGCAUCACAUUAAGCCUGUGGACUCUGCCUGAUGUGCUUAUUAUACACCUCAAGAGAUUCCGCCAGGAAGGAGACAGGCGUAUGAAACUUCAGAACAUGGUCAAGUUCCCCUUGACUGGCCUGGACAUGACACCUCAUGUGGUUAAGAGAAGCCAAAGCAGCUGGAGCUUGCCAUCUCAUUGGUCCCCAUGGAGACGGCCCUAUGGACUCGGGAGGGACCCUGAGGACUACAUUUAUGACCUGUAUGCUGUGUGCAAUCAUCAUGGCACCAUGCAAGGGGGGCACUACACAGCAUACUGUAAGAACUCCGUGGAUGGUCUCUGGUAUUGCUUCGAUGACAGUGAUGUGCAGCAGCUGUCAGAAGAUGAGGUGUGCACACAGACAGCUUACAUACUUUUCUACCAGAGGCGGACAGCCAUCCCGUCUUGGUCGGCCAAUAGCUCAGUGGCAGGUUCCACAAGUUCUUCUCUGUGUGAGCACUGGGUGAGCCGGCUCCCAGGGAGCAAGCAAGCCAGCGUGACCUCUGCAGCUUCCUCCAGACGUACCUCCUUGGCUUCACUCUCUGAGUCUGUGGAGAUGACAGGAGAAAGGAGUGAAGAUGAUGGAGGCUUUUCUACUCGACCAUUUGUGAGAAGUGUGCAACGUCAAAGCCUGUCAUCUAGAUCUUCCGUCACCAGCCCCUUGGCCGUCAAUGAAAAUUGCAUGCGGCCUUCUUGGUCCCUGUCUGCCAAGCUACAGAUGCGCUCCAGUUCUCCUUCCCGCUUCUCAGGGGACUCCCCGAUUCAUGGAUCUGCCUCCACCCUUGAAAGGAUUGGGGAGGCAGGUGAUGACAAAGUCUCCAUUUCUUGCUUCGGUAGUCUACGGAACCUUUCUGGUAGCCACCAGGAAUCAAGUGAUAGUCACAGUAGAAGAGAGCACAAGGCUGUGGGCCGGGCCCCACUGGCUGUCAUGGAAGGUGUGUUCAAAGAUGAGUCAGACUCUCGAAAAUUGAACUCCAGUGUUGUAGACACACCAAGCAAAAAUCUAGCACAAGGGGAUUGCUUGGCCCCCAUCUCUGAUCCUUUUGAUAAUAAUAACCAGAUUGCUUAUGUGGAUCAGAGUGAUUCUGUUGACAGCUCUCCAGUCAAAGAGGUAAAACCUCCAAGCCACUCAGACUCCCUCACAAAGAGGCCAGAGAGCACAACCAAGAGAUCCCCUAGUUCCAAAGGCACUUCUGAGCCAGAGAAGAGCAUGCGGAAAGGGAGGCCGGCCUUGGCCAGCCAGGAAUCUUCUCUUUCAAGCCCAUCCCCUUCUUCACCUGUUCCUGUGAAGGUUUCCAUGAAACCUGCUCGAUGUCGGAGCAAAGCAGAUUCUUCCAGGGCCAGUGGAAGACAUUCGUCACCUGCCUCUACCCAACCCAAAAAAGAAUCAUCCCCCAAGUCCCAGGAAUCCAUGUCCUCUCCUUCACCACAGAAGCAAAAGUCUGCUUCUGCCUUCACUUACUCCUCUUCCUCCAUAUCUGCCAAAAAAGCCCCAGGCCCUGCCACCAGGGGCUCCUUCCCUUCUGGGAAGAGCAGGACUUCUGACCGGAGCUUGAGUAGAGAGGGUUCUAGACAAAGCUUAGGUUCUGACAGGGCCAGUGUCACCUCCACCUCCACCUCCAAACCCAGCUCCCCUCGAGUGAAUCAGGCCAGAGCAGGGGACAGCAGAGUUGAUGGCAAACACGUUCGGAGCUCCUCCAUGGCCAGUCUGCGUUCACCUAGCACAAGUGUGCGCUCUGGGUUGAAGAGGGACAGCAAGUCUGAGGACAAAGGACUGUCCUUCUUUAAGUCAGCCUUGAGACAGAAAGAAACCCGGCGGUCUACUGAUCUUGGCAAGACAACCUUGCUGUCCAAAAAGGCUGGUGGGAGCUCUGUCAAGUCAGUCAGUAAGAACACAACAGAUGACAAGGCAGAGAAAGGCCAUCAGCCCCCAGGCUCACAGCAGCCAAACACAAAUGCAGUUGGAAAAGAACAGCUUGUCUCCAAGGACCCUGCUUCUGCUAAACAUUCCUUGCUAUCUGCUCGCAGAUCCAAGUCUUCCCAGCUAGAUUCCGGAGUUCCUUUGUCUCCCAGUAGCAGGCUGGCCACUGAGAAAGGCUCCAAAAAGCUGUCGUCUAGCAUGCAAACCUCUGCACGGCCUUCUCAAAAACCUCAGUGAUCUUCUGCAAUCCGGGUGUUUUAUCUGUACAGAUGUUUGUUUAUUUAUUUAGAACUCUUCCCUUCCCACUAAAGCCCUCUAUGCUUUUAUUUUGUAUUUUUUGGGGGUCAUGUGCCUGACUUUGUGAGAGAGUAUGAGUGUGCGUGUGUGGAAUUCAAAUUGUUAAAAGCGUCGCCUUAUUCUGCCAUUGAACCAAAUAACAGCCAUAGGCAAAGCAUUGAUACCAAGCUAACUGGAAUAACUGUAGAAAAUAAUCUGGAUAGUCCCUUAACAAUUGUACCUAUUUCUUUCUAGAAAACUCUAAUGACUUUUGUUAGACACUAGGGUUUGGAAACCUGUGAACCAAUUAAGCUAUCAGUGUGUAGACAGAUGAACUGUUUGACUUAGGUUUCAUCUGAGCAGGAUUUAUCUUCAUGUAGAUUGUUGAAUGGCAUCAAGAGCUUAAAAAACAAACAAAAAACAAAAACUGUGACGCUAACAACAAAAUAAACUGAGGGAAAACUUGCUUUCUGCACUUUGGCCCCAUCUACCAGUUUUUGUAAGGGCAAUAUCUUAACACUAAUGUUUCUCAGGUAUAUAUACUCAGCUAGUCUAGGAUUGAUGUAUAUUACUAAUAAAUGGGCUCAAGAGGAAGGUGACAUGGGGGGAGGUGGUGACUGUCCUUUCUCCUACUGCCACAGGUAGAGGUUUCAGAGGUAGACAUAAAAUCUUUUGCUACCUUCAUAUCUGCAGUGAUAUGCAUACCCUCACCUGUCUUGACUCCUUGGAUAUGUUCUAAGAUUGCGCAGAUUUUGGAUAGUCAGAAAGCCAGUCACUUUUUUUUUUUUUUUUUAAUUCUAAAUUUGGUCUCUAAGGCCAUUGGAAUUUCAAACUGUAGCAGAACAGUUAAUGCCUUUGAAAGAUUCCCAGAAAAAAAUUCUAUUCCAAGAUGGAAGCCUGAGUUGAUAGCAUUUUCCUUCCCUGAUGUGGCUUUUUUCUGUCAGAUGUUGAGGAUCUCUACUGCCCCUUGUGUGCAUGCUUACAGCCUUGUCUUGUUGCUUGGAAAAGAAAGAAGUUGCCUCCUGCCAAGAGCUGCUUGACGGUGUGUUGACAUGACAUGAGACAAAGCAUUGCAGUGCACUUUGGAUCCUGCCCAUCAGUCUUCUUUUUGACUGCUUUUCGGGAACUCUUAUGUCUGCUCUGUUCUGAAGAGUUUAUCUCAGACCUAGAACUCUAGCAGAGUCUGGCAUAUAUUCCCUCUGGCUUGUAGUUGCAAAUUGCAUUAUUAUAUAUCAAGAGGGGAACCUCACUGAAUUCUCACAGGCAAAAACAGUUUUCCAAGCCUUGUGGUAAUUGCUUGGAAAUACUUUCCAGCCCAGUUUUUUAGUAUUUUCUUCUUUUUUUCAAUAUCAAGAGAAUCAUGGUCUUGAUUCUUAGAGUAACAUUUGUCACUUUGUCAUUAAAUAUAGCAUGUUGAGUUUAUGUGUUAUUAAAUACUAAGACUCAUGGCUCCCAGGUCCAUACAAACUCCCUUUCCAGUGUUUCUGUGAAGUGACUGCAGUGCAUAUGUGCAUGCAGUUUUGAUUUCUGCACUGUCCUUUUGUUUUCUCUCUCUCUCUCUCUCUCUCUCUCUCUCUCUCUCUCUCUCUCUCUCUCCCUCUCUCUCUCUCUCAUGAAUACCUCUUGGGAAGUAUUUCCAGUAGGUUACUUAAGUUUAUUUUGCUGCUAAUGUGGACAUUAUCUGGUAGCUUGCAGGGUCAGAGUGGCUGGGAUUUUCAGCCCUUGUGGUGUUUGAGGGUUAGAUGUUCAGCCUUGUGCAUAUUACCACAGUGCUCCACGAAAUCCAGUGUGUGUGAGCCAGUGUCCACUGCACUCAGUCCUGUACUGGCUACUUCUGUGUCGUGUCGUCUCCCCCCCCCCCCUUUGUGGCUUCCCAAAGCAUUGAGGCUCUCUGCUCUGCCUUGAUGUGACUGAGGUGACAGCUGCCUUUGCAUGCCAUCAUUGUUCAGUGGCACAAGGUCAGCCCAAUCAUGUUUAGCCACUAAUCUUAUUUUCUCUUAUUGUUUUUAUUUUCUGAAAAAGCACCAAAUGUGAGGCCAUCAGUAUCAGGAAUUGAGCAUUUGUGUAAUUUGAGCCUCUGAAACAGUCUUAGAAUUAGAGUGUAGUAAGACAAAGGACUUUAAUAACAAGCUGUUUUGCCAUAAUUAAGAUGAAUAGAAACUAGUUUAAUUUUCACAGUACUACAAAGUUUUAUUCUUGAAUGCAGUAGGAAUGGAUCUUCCCUCCCACAUGUAUCAUGUUUUCUUAAAAAACAAAACAAAACAGAAAAAUCCUGUACAAGUCUCUUUACUUUUCCAUGGGAUCCAAAAUACAAUUUCUAUAAUAUAAUAAAAUCAAAAACCUAUAUGUAUAUGGAGUUUAGUCCUUAUUUCAUAUUUAAUUUAAUAGAAAAAAAUCAAGAUGUAUUACGGCAUUGUCUAGGCUAUGAAGCUGUCAUGCCUGUGAGGUUGAAACACAAUGGAAUCUAAUUCCUGACUUCUGGGGUGUGUUUAAGACCCAAGAAAAGCUGCUUUGAAGGUGUUGUCUGAAGUGAAAUAGCUGACGAAAGCUUUGUCACUUGGUUCAUUCAGUUCUGUUGGCAGGGUUAGGGACUUGGUUAUUACAGUCUUUUCCCAAGUCCCUAACAGUGAACAUAUGUGUACUUUGGGGUCAAAUUCACCUGCUCAGAUGGUAAGCCUGAGUUUCUGCUUGGCAACCCACUGAGCCUGGUUAGGGCAGUCAGUCCCAGCAGGCACACAGCACCAACCAACAGAGUGAUGCACUGGUAGUAAUUUUUUUGGUGUUAAAUAAAACUCCAUUUUAUCAUUGUUCUCUUUUCCUGUAAACAUUCUGUGCAUGAGGCUACACCAUUCCUUAGGUCAGCCUCCCACCUUGCCUUCAUGACUCCUCAGUGCUCAGUGUCACUUAAGAUCCUCACCAACCUCAUUUGUAUUUUCUUAUGCCUGAGAGUAAGUAGUGCCGCACCGGAUCAAUAGAGCAAUGUGGGAUAUCUGUGCUAUGCCAAAGUUGUGCAGAGAUCUGAGGUUGCCUUGAACACAUGUAAUCCUUCUUUAAUCAUUCAUUCAUUCAAUUCAUUUGAACCUGCUUUGCAUAUAAAGGUAAACAGAAAGCUUCAGCAGUCUGUUGUAUUUGAGGCGUCCUGGGAGACACCAGAGCAAAUGGGCUGCCACGGAGCGAUAGUCUUCAGCAGAAACACCCAAAUAGAUUCUGGUCAACAGAAGCCUGAGGUUCUCUUGAGUUUUUGUCUGGAAAGCAAAAGUGUCCUUGUUGAUCUCUGGAGACAGUGUGGUCUUCUGGCCACUGGUUCAGGUUGAGUAUCAGUACUGUGUAGCGAUUAAAAUCUAGUACCUAGUCACUUUGCAUUAGAAUCAACCCUCUGUAUGAGAUGGCUGUGAAGAUUAUUGAGGGAUGGGAUGCAUUGUCACCCCUCUCACUAUAACAAAUAGGAAUGUUGUGUUAAGGGAGCAGUAGUGACAGCUUAAGGGAAUAUGGACUAAAGAGUUGUGAACAAAGUUCAUUUUGGAUAAAGCCUCUUGAAGUAGAUGAACACAUGGCAUCAUGUCUCAAUUUGAUAGAUAUUAAAUAGCUGAAGUUACUGUUUGCUGUGUAGACUGUCAUUGAAUACAAACAUAGUUAGUGUCCUGGGUUGGACUUUUGAACUAGGAUGAAACUCAUAAGCACAGUUUCAAUAAAAUACAGUUUGGAGGUGCAUUGAUACUUAUAUUUUAGGGUUGAGAAGAGCAAAAUUUGCUGAUAAACUAGUGCCUACCAUAAAAACAACUUAGCUGCUAGUAUGCAGGCUGUUCUUGCUUUAGUUUUAUAAAGGGUUCGUUGCUGUCCAACUGACUGCACCUUUCAGAUGGGACAUAAUUCUUUUUAUUUCCCACCUGAAACGUUAUUUCAAUGCUCCUAUGCUGCCUUUUGACCAGACCCCAAAUUGUUUUUUGCAGCUGCCUUUUGAGCAUGACCCCCAAGUAAAGACAGCAGUUUUGCAUGCCCUCCAUCUAACCCAGAAAGCAUGCUCAUACUACCUAUGCAAGCAACCAAUUAAAAAGCAUACAGAGAGACUACACUAAACAUUGGGUUUUAAAAAAGAAAAAAGACAACUCGGAUUCUGGAACUCUAUUUUUGAAUUUGUAAUUUUUAAAAUGUGGCUUAGUCAUCAGUGUAGGUGAGCAUGAAUGUGAAUUUUAGGUUGCUUUGUGUCUAUUUCUCUGCCAAUCUUUUUGAUCAUUGGUGAGAUUGUGUAUAAAAUAAUAUUUUGAGAGCAGGAAUGGAUUGAGUAUGUUGAACAUACACUGGUGUAUAUACUGUAUUUAGCCUGAAGACUUUCCUAAAGUAUUUUGUUCUAAGAAAUAACCUGCCAUUUUCUAUAGAUUUUAAUUUUUUAUAUCUUCUAGUAUCCUUCAUGACAAGGAGAGAUGUGGCUUCACAUAGUGCUAACAAUUUUUAAAUGCUUCUGAAGAGACUUGGAGCUAUUUAGGAAGGUUCUGUGGCUUCCCAACCACCAUUCUCAGUAAGAUUAAGGGUGUGGCAUGUAUGAUAGUGCUGUGUAAUGGAUUCAGGUCUAGAUCCAUCUAACAUUCAUUUAAAACCAUUGUUUCCCAUGGGGCAGGGACAGGGAGGCUCAUAUCGUAUGUGAGAGGUGUCUUCGAAUCUCAUACAUACAUUAUCUCCAGGCCUGUUCUGGAUGAUUCACCUGAAGUCACUAGUAUCAUCAAGGGAUUUGGAAUGUCUGGGCCUCUCCCAGGCUUUUGGUGCCAGUUAGCACUGGCCGGGUCCUGUGUGUGACUUUGUCUUUGGUUGCAGUCAGAAUUAAGGAUGUGGUACGCCAUCUCUUUGCCAACAGCUUAUGGCGAGAAUCAUCACUGCCAUGCAAAGUAUUCAGGAGGAAUUCCAGUUGUGUUGGACAAGAAAAUUAAAAGAAGGUGUCAAUCCCCUGCUUGAAAUUCAGGGGACAUGGUGUUUUCUGACUUCAAGGCCUGAUUUGGACCUAUGAAGCAUUUUAUGGGUGAUACAUCAUAUCACUUGCCAGUCUGGCAAUUGAUCUUACUUCCUGGUGGUAGAGUGCCACAAGGGUUCCAAAUUCAUUCCCAGAGCCUCUCUCCAGAUCCUACUGUAGUCUGACACCCAUGCAGGAGGGAAGUCACUCCAGAUUAGAAAAUGUGGCGGAAGACAGUAGGAAGCACCCGUCUAGCCUUGCAAACCCUGUUCUGCUUUUGACAGCACGGUUGCAAGCCACAGGCUGCACUGGGCCCCCUGCUCAGAUUGCACUCCACACUAGGUCUUUCCUGCUCAGAACAUAGCAUUAGGAGUCCUUUUAAGUUUAAAAACAAAUGUGAAACAUUUUGUUCGAAUUAUUUCGGAGCUCUCAUUACUAUUUUAUUUUAAUGUAAUUAAAAAAAUCAAUACUUAUCCAGGAGUUUGGCAGUAUAUGUUACCUACAGAGGCACAUAAAGUUUGUUUUUAAUCUGUGGUGAGCUGGGUGCACUAUAUCAUCUUCAAAAUAAUCUACUGUGCUGUGUGGCCUCAUCCCAUCGAGCAUCAGGCUGCCUACAAAAAGGGAAAAGAAACAGUUUAUCUGGCACGGUCCAUAUUUUCAGGAGUAAGGAUAUCAGGAGAAAUCAGAGCUGGAACAGCUUUGGCACAGCCUCCCAGAGUCGAGCUCUCUGCUGCUGUGAACACGCAGCACGAACUUUCCUAGGUGCUAUUCCAGACUGGGGGACUGUGUUUCUGCACUUGCGGUUCUGUGGUCUUUCCUGUAGGCAUUUAUGUUCUGUGUAGGUCAGCUCACCGACUGUGCCUCUCACCAUUGGUUAAAAUGGAAUUCAGGCCCCGUUUCCAAAAUGGUUUCUUGAUUCUCUUGUGUAUUUAAAGUGGUGUUUAUUUCUCUAGGUGUCUUAAAAGCUGCAUGUCAUAUCACUGUACACAAAAUGAGUUGGUGUCAUUCGAGAGCCAGUAAUGAGCUCUAUAUAAAUUGUUCAGUGAAAGGAUGGCAGAGUAUCUAUCCUUCAGGCUGGAAGAAAGUGUAUCCUACAUUUUAAAUUAUUUUAGGUCAAGUGCAUGAGGUGUGUCACUGCCUUCUGUUAUUUAUUUGUAUAUUUUACUAUUCCAGGUGUAUGCACUUUUAAGAAGCAGAAUUUAUAUUUUUAUGUUUAAAACAUUUUAUUUCUGAGACAGCAGUUGGUUAUAUAGUAUACAAUUGGAAUUAAGAGAAAACUGGAAAAUGUAACAAAACAUAAUAAAUUUAUUACAUGAUGCCUUC